AUGGAAAAAAGCGACUUAUCCAAGGGCCCGAUGAUAUGCGAACCGAUGGAUCGCCGGGAUACUGCCCAGUAUGUCCAACACGGUCAACGCCGCGCGGUCGCUGGCAAACUAUGGCUAGCUGCAUCGACCUUGGUGGCUGGCUGGCAUCUCCACCGCUUUGCAUGCAAGCCCUCGAUGCACAUGUCCCCCAUUCCUCACACGGACAACAUCGAGUGGUCUAGCUGCGGAGACAACUACGAGUGCGGCCGGCUCUUGGUACCUCUGGACUAUCAUAAUGAAUCACUAGGACACGCCGAUCUUGCUGUUGGUCGAUACUUGGCUAAGAAUAAGACGUCCCGACUCGGCUCCCUCUUUAUUAACCCAGGCGGACCGGGUGGUUCGGGCAUGUCUUUUCUCUAUAGAGCAGGUCCAGCUCUUGCCACGCUCCUAGACGAUCGGUACGAUAUCGUAUCUUGGGACCCUCGUGGCAUCAAUGGAACAACCCCUGGAGUCGACUGUUUUGCAUCGCAAACGGAUCAGGACAUCGCAUUCAGUCACACAUACCAAGAUGUUGGAUUUGAAGCAAGGAAUCUGUCAGACCCAGUGGAUCGUGCUGUCUACGCACAACAGGUUCGUAAAGCCGAUGCCGAAAACGCAGUGAUUGCACAGUUGUGCUUGAAUCGUACGGGGGAGGGACUGCGCCACGUUGGUACCGCAACAGUCGUACGCGAUUUGGAAUUACUCUCCCGCGUCAUCGAAGGACCAGAGAAGCUGGUUAACUUCUGGGGCUUCAGUUAUGGGACUGUAGUCGGUGAGGUCGUAAGUCCUAGGUCUGGGCUCGAUAAUAUCUUUCUAACCCUCUCACCGCAAAGAUAUUUUGUCAAUAUGUUCCCUGAGCGUGUGGGGAAUGUUACCAUUGAUGGCGUUGUGGACCCGAUUUUAUGGGCAACAACAGGUGCCUACGAAUGGGGAAAAUGGGAUCUUGUCGAUACCGAACGGGCUUACACUAAUUUCCUCGACGCAUGUGCUGAGGCCGGCCCCGAGCGAUGUGCUCUCAACACAAACGAGAGGUCAACCGCCCAGGCUAUUCGGAAAGCUGUUGAAAAGUUCAUCGAUGAUCUUUAUGAGCGUCCCCUGCCUGUCCCCCAUGGAGAGCAACCGUAUAUUCUUACUUCCGGCAUGGUUCGCAAUCUCUUGUUCAUCAACAUGUACCGCCCUCGUGGUUGGCCUGCGCUAGCAGAGCAAAUUGCCGCCGGUAUCAAUGGCGAUGGUGCACCCAUUACGAACGCGGUACUCAACACUAUCGAGAGAAACUCUACAAAGAAAGCGCAGACUGCCAUGGCUAUCGAGGCUGUAACAUGCGUUGAUGGACCAGAACUUUAUGAUGUUGACCCCCACAAGGCCGUCGAGGCCAUAAUUGAGGAAAACGUGCAGACAUAUGGACAGGUCUCGACUCAUUUUGCGGGUGUUGAGGUUUCAAUGUGCCAUCAUUGGAAGACGCGAGAGGCCGAGCGAUUUGUGGGUCCUUUUAACCAUACGACGCUCGCCAACGAUAUCCUAGUUAUUGGUAACACAGCUGACCCAAUCACUCCGGUUGUAAAUGCUCGCACGGUCAACAGGCUGCUCCCUCAAUCUCGUCUCAUCGUCCAGGAUGGCAGUGGUCAUUGCUCCCUUGCAAUGGCAAGCACUUGUACUGCCAAGGCCAUUCGUGGCUAUUUCCUCGACGGUGUUCUACCGCCGAACGGCAUCGUGUGUGAUACCAUCGAACGCUUGUUCCCAGAGAAAUCUGCACCUGCCGAAGCAAAGGCCUGGCUGAACUCGGAAGCGAGUUUCUCUGAGGCUGAUACUCGCCUUGCAGAGGUUGUAAGGGACCUUGGAAUGGCGAUGGAGCCAUUUGUUGGAUUGCACAAGAAGCCAAAGUCACUUCUUUGA